ACAUCCAUGCCAUAUGUAGUGUGUGAAAAUAUAGAAAGGAAGCUAGGGUUUGCGCUAGCGUCUUGUUGCCGACUGCCCAUUAAAAAACCUUAGCAGGAAAGAGAGAGGUCUCGCCACCGCCGCCGUCAACAUGGGUCGCAUGCAUAGUCGCGGUAAGGGUAUUUCUGCCUCAGCUCUCCCUUAUAAGAGAACCCCACCAAGCUGGCUCAAGAUCUCUGCUCAAGAUGUUGAGGAAAACAUUUGCAAGUUUGCAAAGAAGGGCUUGACCCCAUCUCAGAUUGGUGUCAUUCUUCGUGACUCUCAUGGUAUUGCUCAGGUUAAGAGCGUUACUGGAAGCAAGAUCUUGCGCAUCCUCAAGGCUCACGGUCUUGCCCCUGAAAUUCCUGAGGAUUUGUACCACCUUAUCAAGAAGGCUGUUGCCAUCCGCAAGCAUUUGGAGAGAAACAGGAAGGACAAAGACUCCAAGUUCAGGUUGAUCCUUGUUGAGAGCAGGAUUCACAGGCUCGCUCGCUAUUACAAGAAAACAAAGAAGCUUCCUCCUGUCUGGAAAUAUGAGUCUACAACCGCCAGCACUCUUGUUGCAUAGGUUGGGCAUGUGGGUUGAUGCAAUUUUGGGGUAUCCUCGCUGGAUGUGGAUGCUUUGAGUGAGUUAGAUUGUGUUCUUGUUCUAGUGAGAUGUUCUGAUGUAAGAUAUUAUUAAUAGCUGUUAAAAAUUUUGUUAUGUCUGAAAUGAUAGUGAAGAACUUGUUUCUCAAUCUGAUUCUACUCAAUUAUCUUUUCGCAUUUGUUCUUCAUUUAACAUUUGAAGCAAGAAGUUAGAACUCUUUUAAUUUUGAAAUGUAAAGUGCAGCCAUUUCCUACACUA